AUGGAGCCCAGAGCGCGUGCCGGCAAGAAUGUCGGAAAGAUGAACUUCAGCCAUGCAGAGCUGGCACAGCUUCUCUACGCACACGGCGAUGUUCAAAACCCACUCCCCGAAACUGUCCGCGUUCUCGACGAGAUCCUUACAGACUUCAUGCAGUCCAUCGCUUUCGAAGCGACACGAGCAGCUAACUACUCUGGCCGCCAAAAGAUAAAAUACGAAGACUUCGAGUUCGCGUUCCGUAAGAAUCCCGCGUUCCUCGGAAAGGUCCAAGAGGUAUUUGAAAAGCAGAAGGAGAUCAAGAAGGCCCGAGAAAUUCUGCGCGACGGAGAGGACGAGAUUAUGAAGGACGCUGCAGACGAGGAGAAGAAGAAAGAAAAACCCGAUACGAGAGCUGGAGGCUCUGGAAGUAAUGCUGCUGCUGCUGCUGCUGCGUCUGCGGCAUCGAGAGCGGAAGAGGAGCUGGGUGAGGCUGACGAUGAUGCUGAGGCUGAGCUUGAUGCGUUGGGUAAGAAGCGCUGA